AUGGCGAAUAUCGACAAAGCACUUAUGUCUCUGUCUCUCGAAGAGGAGGAGGACAUUCCUUUCGUCAUGCCAAAUCUUCCGAAGUACUGUUCCUGCGAAAAGAAUGUGAUGAGCAUCAUGGGGAGAACCCUAAAUCCAGAAUGUCAGAACAUGGCUGACCUUAUCUUAGAUAUGCCACGGAAGUGGCAGGUUUAUGAUCGGGUACGAGGUGUUGCUCUGUCCAGUGAGAGGUUUCAGUUCAGCUUCAAGUACGAACACGACCUAGAGGAGGUCAUGAAGAAGAGGGUUUGGACGUUUAACGAGUGGUCUAUUGUUAUAGACCGAUGGGUGAAAAAGCCACCAGAGGACUAUCUACAGUUUAUGCCGGUGUGGAUACAGAUCCGUAAUAUUCCUGUGAAUUAUUACACAGAAGCCUCUAUUUACGAUCUGGGAGACAUCAUUGGGAAGGUGGAGGAGAUGGCGUUUGACCUGGAGAAACCCCAGAGCAAAGAUUACGUGCGGGUCAAGGUGAGAUUUGACGUUUCCAAACCAGUGCGCAGGUCAAAGGCAGUGAUUCUACCGAAUGGUGAAACAACAACAGUGUGGUACGAUUUUGAACGAAUCCAAAAACGUUGUUACAAUUGUCAACGUCUGACACAUGAGAAAGACAAGUGCCCGCUGCUGAUAAAACUGAGAAAGGAUAAGGCAGAGGCUCGAAGGAAGAGUAUUUUGGAAGCAAAACCAAUACUGAAAGAAAACGACCCUUUGUUUGGCGUGCUGAGGGAGGAUCAGGUGGGACUGGAUCCACAUUCAGGUCGGCUAAAAAUCCACCCAGAUGUAUUACAAGAGAUGAGACUGUACCUCCUUGCCGCAGAAGGACAGGAGAGAAAAAUAAGGGAGGAAAGAGUAAAAAUGUUAAUACAGAGUAUGAGCUCGGACACACGAACUCAAAACCUUGUAUUGCGGCUCGAAGAUGGACCAGUGAUCACGAAUGACAUGAAUAAAGGAAAAGGGCCUAUCUUUUCCAGUGACGAGGUGGUGAAGACAUGUGAAAAAGAGAACCUAAAACCACCCGGGGAUAAACUAAUGGCGUCUGCGAUAAAGGCUGGUAUAGCAAUGACAAGGUUUCCCCACAUAGAAGAGACAACUUCAGAGAGAGGGGCUGCAAACUUCGACUCUGCAAACUCGGUUUUUAAGUCUGCGUCCUUGGGUUUUGACACAGGUUCAUCUGAUGCGAGCUCAUCAGGAGUGAGACCCAGAAGAGCAUCAGUUCGGAGAAAGAUCACUCCCACGUCUCGGAAGAACCAAAAGGGAUCGAAAACUAAAACUGAAGGGAUUUCAAAAGAGGUGGUGGAAGAGCCAAAAGGUGUGUCUCCACAUAAAAGGAAAGCUGUGGAGGAGGAGAUGGUGGUAACUAAAAUCGCUAGGUGUAAUGACAAUGAGGUGGUCCUGAAGGAAGGACCGCCGACGCCUCAAUGA